UCUGUUCCUACAGAAGAACAGGCAGUCACCUUGAUAGUUGGCACACAGUCAGCUUUGAUGAAAAAUGGUAAUUUGCGCCUUCACAAGAUUGCCUCGAACAGUAUGAAUGUGUUGAAUGCUUUACCCCGUGAAGAUUUAGCCAGAAAUCUAACAGAUAUAGACCUUUCCUGUAGUGAGAUUCCAUUACAACACAGCCUAGGACUCUGCUGGAAUAUAAAGAAUGACACUUUCACGUUUCAAGUAUCCAAAGAUGUGAAACCGUUCACACGCCGUGGCAUUUUGUCUACAAUAAAUAGUGUUUACGACCCUGUGGGUUUUGUGGCGCCUGUUGUGAUUACAGGGAAGUUACUCUUGCAAGAUUUAGUGUCUGUAAACCAGGAAUGGGAUGAUUCCCUACCAGAAGAUAAAAUCACCGUAUGGCAAGACUGGUGCUCCUCUCUUAGUAGUUUGAAUAUGUUAGAAAUCCCUCGUCACUGCACACAGUCGUCAUGUGAGGCUACCAAGGAACUACAUGUGUACAACGAUGCGUCAGAAAGGGUGAUAGCCGCCGUAGCUUACAUUAUCUCAUCCCACGAUAGUUCCCAGCACCAGACCAGUUUUGUUUUGGGCAAGACAAAGGUGGCACCCCGCAGUGGUCACACCAUUCCUAGAUUAGAAUUAUGUGCCGCUGUGUUAGGUAUCGAAGUUGCUUGCACGGUACUGACAAACAUUGACAUAGAUUUCACUCAAAUCAAAUAUUAUUCGGACAGCAAGGUUGUGCUAGGCUAUAUAGGCAACAAAACAAGACGCUUUUACACGUAUGUUUCUAACCGGGUACAGAAGAUUCUGUCUCACUCAUCGCCAGAGCAGUGGUACUACGUACCAACACACCUCAAUCCUGCAGACAUUGGCACCAGAGGAGUUUCAGCAACAGACCUAGCAAAAAGCGCCUGGCUGAAAGGGCCAACCGUCUCGGAGGGACACUGUAAGCAACACUCGAGCUUUGAGUUGCUUGAUCCAGACCAGGAUCCAGAAAUCAGAGUGCAAACCUUAGCCACCAACAUCGAAGCGAAAAAAUCUUUUGACUCUAAACGCUUCAGCAGGUUCUCAGAUUGGUUACGGCUAAAACGUGCGAUUGCUUGUUUACAACACAUUGCGGAAUCUUACCACACCAAGAAAUGUAAUGGCUGGCAUAUUUGCUUUGAGACUGAUUACCAGAAAGCUGAAGCAUUCAUUUUGAAAACUGUCCAGAAAGAAGCUUAUGCAGAUGAGUACAUGUCUUUGUGCAAUGGGAAACUUGUGUCCAAAGGUAGCCCUAUAGCAAGUUUGAACCCUUUUGUAGAUCAUGAUGGAAUUCUACUUGUUGGCGGCAGGCUACAGAAAUCUAUACUGACUAAUCGUGAGAUGCACCCCGCUAUCAUUUCAAGAAAAUGUCAUGUAGCAUCUCUACUUAUACGACAUUACCAUAAGAAUGUCCAGCAUCAAGGCAGACACUUCACAGAAGGUGCUAUUCGAGCUCAGGGGUACUGGAUCGUUGGGGCGAAACGACUCAUCUCAUCUGUGAUUCACAACUGUGUCCAGUGUAGAAAGCUUCGAGGACGGCAUGCAGAGCAGAUCAUGGCUGACCUGCCCAAGGAUCGUGUUGAACCAGCUCCACCAUUCACAUAUGUUGGCGUUGAUACCUUCGGCCCAUGGAAUGUGGUGACCCGCAAGACUCGUGGUGGUCAAGCUAGUAGUAAGCGAUGGGCAAUUUUAUUUACUUGUCUCACCAUCCGUGCUAUCCAUAUUGAAGUUGUGCCAGAAAUGUUAUAUUCAGCCUUCACUAACGCAUUGCGAAGAUUCAUAGCUCGAUAUGGAAAUGUGAAGUUGUUCCGGUCUGAUAGAGGAACAAACUUUGCAGGUCCAGUGAAUGAGUUAGGUAUUGAUGCUGUGAAUGUUGAGGACGGUGAAGUUCAUAGACUGCUGAAAAAUAAUGGUGUUGUGUGGGUAUUUAACCCGCCCCAUACACCUCAUAUGGGUGGUGUCUGGGAGCGCAUGAUUGGGACAGGGAAGCGCAUACUUAAUUCAAUGCUUUGUGAAACGUCUAUUAGAGACCUCACUCACGAUGUACUCAUUACUUUAAUGGCAGAAGUGUGUUCUAUAGUCAACGCUAGACCCAUAGUUCCAGUGGCUACAGACAGUAGUGUUCCUGAAAUACUGAGUCCAUCCUCAAUUCUGACUCAGAAGGUGGAUUUCGUGACCAAAGAGUUUGAGCAUUUAAAUUUGAAGGACAUAUACAAAUCCGAAUGGAGACGUGUCCAGGUGCUCGCAAACCAGUUUUGGCAACGCUGGAGGUCUGAAUAUCUCCAAACACUCCAAACGAGAUCUAAGUGGCAACGCGAACAUUGUAACAUUAAACCAGAUAAUAUCGUUUUAGUGAAAGACUGCAAUGUCCCGAGAAAUAGAUGGCCAUACGGUAUAGUUGAGAAGGUGUUUCCCAAUGAUGAUGGAAAGGUUCGAAAGUUGUGUGUGAGAAUGUACAACGAAGGAAAAUUGACUGUUUUUACAAGGCCAAUAAGUGAACUUGUAUUGCUCGUUGAAAGUGAUUAACUGAUUAGAAACAGUUCAGUAACCGUAUAAACUGUUUAGACAUUUAAGACAGUGUAUCAGUGAAACUUCAUAAUUGAAGAUGUGUUAAUUUGUCAUGUUUGUAACAAUAAUUGUUGACCAAGUGUAAGAUUACAUUGUUUUCUAGUUAUGUUCAGCAAUUUUCAAAUUUGUGAAUUUUGUAUGAGUCUUAUGUAAUCAGUAACAUUAUUUUCUUACAUUUUGUUCUGAAACUUAAGAAUAAUUAUUGGCAAAUUGAUUUAGAUUUUUUCUUUUAAUUACUCUUGUUUAGACAUCUUUGAUUUCAUGUUAAGGUAUUUGAUCCCUGAAAGUGUGAAUUAAGGUGGCACAUCCAUAUAUAUUUUUAAGGUAGAUCAAGCAUUGCAAUUGUAUUUUGGUUAAUAGUGAUAUAUAAUAUCAGACGGGGAGUGUCAUGGAACUGUAUAUUCGCAUUUUAUGCGAACUGUUUUGUCUUGCCGGUAAUUUCACUUUGUGGUAGUUGUCUUAUCUUUGGUUUCAUUUUUCAUUCGUAAGAAAAACGUUUUCGCACAUGUUAAAGAAGAUUUUUAUGUUGAAUGUCCAUUUAGAGUCCGCACAGUCUUCUUACCGAUUUGACACCAAUAAAGAUGGUAUGGUUUACAUGGCUGUUAUUUGUUUAUUAGACAACAUUGAGGCAGUUAUAG